AUGCUUCCAUCUAACGCUACCAACUAUGUCUCAUCUCUUCUCUCAGAGGCUCAUGAGCUCUCACAGCCAUUACUUGAUGGACUGUCAACCUCUCCACUCACUAUACCCGUUUCAUUGGCGUCUGCACUGGGCCUUGGUUACCUGGCAAACAAGAUUCUAGUCAGCAGAGCUUUAAACCACGGUACAAAAGCCUAUUUCGAUUGGAAUAAGGAGAUUGUGUUGGUUACUGGUGGAUCAGGCGGCAUUGGAGGCGAGACUGUUCAGCAGUUGGCCAGCAAGGGCAUUCGUGUUGUUGUUAUCGAUGUCCUUGCUUUGACUUACAAGGCUCCAUCGAAUGUUUACUAUUAUAAAUGCGACCUUACGAAUUACGAGCAACUACAAGAGGUCGCUGGAAGAAUUCGGCGGGAGGUCGGCGAACCUACAGUAGUCGUAGCGAAUGCUGGUGUCUGUCGUGGAAAGCCUCUAUUGAAGGCCACUAAACAAGACAUCGACCUUACAAUUGGAGUCAACACUCUAGGUCUCAUCUGGACCAUCAAGACCUUUCUCCCCGCAAUGGUAUCACGCAACCACGGCCAUCUUCUCAUCGUCGCCUCGCAAACAGGCUACUUAGCUACCGUCGGCAUCACCGACUACGCAGCUAGCAAAUCAGCAGCUAUUGCUAUUUACGAAGGGCUACAUACCGAGAUCAAGCAUGUUCACAAAGCUACCGCAGUUCGCCUUUCUUGUGUCUCGCCGAGCCAUGUACAGACCCAGAUGUUUACUGGUGUCAAGUCUGUUCCUGGUAUGUCCACCAUGACAACUGAAUAUCUGGCGGACAAGAUCUGUGGCAUUCUCUUGAGUGGAAGGGGUCAGAACAUUAUUGUUCCGGCUGCAGCUGGAAUGUCACCUUGGGUUCGUGUGUUUCCGGGCUGGGUUCGUGUUCUUCUGCAAGAUGCCGCGGCUCCAGCCUUCACGGACUUGAAGCCUCACGAUCCGUUCAAACAAACUUAG